CAGUUCGAUUGGUUGUCCAGUAGAGGGUUGCCUCUGGAUUGUUAUCUAAGCGUUGUGGAAUUGCUAAAGUAGAAGGUGUGAUAUUUUGCUUCUUAAAUGCGUACUCGUUACUAAUAGAAGUAUUUUCGUGUUGAAUCGAAACUAACAAACCUGAAGAAAGCGAUUUUUGUUGCAGGAGUCUAAGCCGCAGUUGGAGCGUGAACUACAAUGGCGGAUGUGAGCGAGCAAGAGAAUACUAUUAAUGAAUCUGCUCUGGAAGAGGACAGUGGGCAGCAACAGAAACUUAACGUAGAGGAGGUUGCUGCAAUGGAGAACCUGGAAUUACUGGGUGAAAAAAGCACAUACAAAGAUGCUGGAGAUGCAUAUACUAAAGAUGUUGAAGAAUCUGACUUUGCUGGUAAUUUGGGGUCCGUAUCUCCAGCAGUGCCAGCCAAGGAAAAUAGGCCUCGGUGUGAGCAUUGUAAUAUAUCAUGCUCAAAUGAAACCCAGUAUAUAUGUCAUGUAAUGGGACAGAAGCACAGAAAGAAAAUGAGAGAACUUGGGUUGCUUGCAUCGAGUGAAGAGGAAAUGACCAACCGAAAAGCAUUGGAGGAGUAUGUUUUGAACCCUGAACGUACUGAACCUAUAAUUGGACUGCAAUACCUAACUGAGUAUCGGAGCCCUGGAAAUCAACAUUCCUCCUACCUGUGUACACUCUGUGAUGUCCGUUCAUGCCUGGAUAUAAUUUUUCAUGUCACUGGUGCAAAGCAUCGGCAUAAUUAUCUGAAAAAGAUGCAUCCAGAUUUGAUUCCUAUUGACGAGCAAGAGGCUGGACUUGUGAAGAUGCAUUCAUUGUUAAAAGAAAAAGCAGAAAUGAUUGAAUGCAAGGAGGGUUGUGGAGAAGUGAAGGUGCAGAUAUUUGAGAAGCCCAAAGAACUUUUACGGAAACCGGGAAAUACAAGUGAAGUUAAAAAGGAAGAACCUCAAGAAAAAGCAAAGCGUAAAGCCACUUCUGCUGAAAAACGUGUUGUAGUCAUGCCAAGCAUUGGUUCUGUUAGUCAGCUGGUUAAGCAAAUGCAAACCAAUCCACGUUUUCUUAAACCCACAACAGUUAAUCCUAAAAGCGUGCACUCUUUGAUGGAUCUGAAAAUAGAAAAACCAUCACUUGGGAAGAGGAGAGGUGCUCCAAAUGAUUUUUCUUACAGAGAGGAUAAUCUAAGGCCAUUACCCAAGGAGAGUUUAAGUGAUUUUUUUCCAGGUGAUUGUACUGAAAAUGUAAGCCUGUAUCCUGGUGGUAGAUUCAGUGAGAGUACUCCUGAAGAUUUUCAUAAAAAGCUACGUCUGAGUGAUGAAACAAGAUUCUGUGAGUCAAGCCCAUGGGGACAAUUCCGAGAAGGCAUUUCAGACAGAACAUAUCAAGAGAAUUAUCAGUCAGAUCUUACUGGAAGCAGAUUACACCAGAGACAACCUCAUUUACAUGAAAAUAUUACACAGUGGAGAUACAAUGAUGAAGAUCCCUACAUCAGAGAAAGAUGGUUAUAUAAGGAGGAUGCAAGGGAAAGGUUAUAUGAUGAUCCAGCCGCUUUGCAAAGAAGGCGGAUUCGUGAAGAAUCUCCAGAUCGUUGGGCAUUUGGCACUGAAGGCACAUAUAUUGACAACACUAACCGAUGGAAAGCGAGCCAAUAUGAAAGUAGCAAUCAAAGAUAUGACUUGAAUGUUCCAUCCCGAAAAAGGCCACUGCUUGAUCACACAUCGCCAGUCAUGGAUCCUAGUAUAAGCACUAAGUCUCCUAAUUCUAGUAUGGUUCUGGCUGUUGCUGAGAAACUUGCCCGAAAACUUUUAGAGUAUGAAGUAAAAUCCAAGCAAGAAGCUUUUAUGGAAGAGAAAUCCAACCAAAUGGUUUUUCGUGACCAUGUCUCUCCAGAACCUUUUCCUUCUAGGCCAUAUGUGCGAGUAAGGUUGGAUUAUGACAAACCAGAAACAGGCCGUAGUGAUUAUUUAAUGGAAGAUGUGCAGUUUUCACAGAGGUCAUCUUCUUUGUCCAGUUCCUCUUACACUAGAAGCAGCCUUUUUUCAGGUUCUUGGAGAGAUGAGAAUCCUUCUGCUUUGCCCAGGGAAAACUUCUCCAGAUACUCUUCAGAAUGGAAGAGCUUGGCAGCCAGACCCUUGGAAUCUUCUGCUUCUAGUCGACAAAUGGAAGUAUUUCAGAACUCCUGGUCACAAGGAUAUAAAUAACUUGCAGUGUAAAUAGUGGGUAUAUUUUUCCCCAUCUUGCUAUCAGCCAUUGAAUUUCUAUUUUUGUUUUUAAUCGCAUCUUUCUGAAAACAUGAAUGGCAGCCCAACAGAUACAACUGUUUAAUCAUGUUCUCUGUUCCCCUGUUUCAUGAAAACCAAAUUGAGCUUUUAUAUGUGCUAAACCUUUGAAUAGUUAAAAACUAGUAAGUAAAGUAACAUGAAACACUGAUGGUUCUGUUUCAGAAGAGACAUUGGACUUUAAGUAAAUCUUGGUCACACCUUACAAAGAAAUGAUUACACAUUUGUUUUCGGCAGUAUUUUGGCAUACAUUUAACUUAUGAGAAUUCUGUUUUUGAGUAUGGGUUGUUUUUAUAAUAUACCUUGGUAAAAAAUGUAAUAAAAGAAAUGAAGCUCAAAAGGUCAUUUGAAUGUGCUUUACGGUAAAUGUUUCUGCAAUUUGAUAAAACGAGGGGCUUCUUUCUUCAUACAUUUUGAACUCUAUCUCCUAUAGCUUAUUAAUAAAUAUUUGGUAUAUGGCAUUGAUAUUACUUCUAAAGCUCCAAGUUAACAUUUUUUACUUUGCUAAAUGCAAACUUGAUAACCUGUUGAGCAGUCAUUGUAUAUAGAAAGGUCAAAAAGAGGCAGUUUAUUUUGAAUACCUCAAUAAAAUGCAACUUAAUUUUUAUUGUUUUUCAA